UGCUGGAUGCACGUGAUCUAUCAAUGUUUAUGGUAAGGGUCGAUGGAUAAAAACCCAGGUUAAAUGCUGUCCAGAGAUCUGUCGAACAGCCAUGUCAGGGAGACGUAGUAGAAGCAGAUCACCACGAAGAAGGAGGAGGAGCUCCCAUUCUCCGUACACUUCGAGGCGGCGAUCUGACGGGGAUGGUUCUCGAUAUAGUCGGAGGAGCGAGCGCCAUGGUAGGGAGAGAGUGCCCAGCUUAUCAGAUCAAUGGGCACAUGACAGAUACAGGAGCCCUGGACACAACAGAGAGGAGAGUGGUGAGUCAAAGCCAGUGAAUGUUGACCCUCCAAUGGAUAGCCACACAACUACACGACUAGACAAGUCUACAGACCAGGAAAACCAUCAGGACAAAUUAGGGGAAAGGCCAUCGAGGCCAGAAAGAGGUGGUGCCAAAAGGCUGAACUCUUUUGUGCAGAAAGAAAAGAAUGUUUUAUUCCCAUCUGGAAGCAACACUGUGAACAGAGGACGUGACAGGGUCCGUGACAGGAGUUGGCGUGAGGAACGUGGGCGUACUGAGGGGCGAGGUCAAGCGGGAAGACGCUCAGAAGGAAUCCUAUCGAGAGAGACUAUGGAGGAGAAUGGAAAUAGAGGAGAGAGAAGACAAUCGGAGACUUUAGUGGACCCUCAGGAAGUGCCCCGAGCUGGUUACUAUUUUGAGCAUGAUGAUCGAGAUGCCCCCCAGCCCUCACAGAACAGGACCAAUUCAGAUUCUCGAAGACAAGAGAGAAGGAAUCAACACUCUCCAGAAAGGUGGACUAGAGGCAGAGACUCUAGGGACAGGUCUAGAUCCUCAUAUAGAGGUAGGGACACUUGGGACCGGCAAUCUGACAGACGUAGGGUGCGUGACUGGGGUAGGGAUCCUCCAAGGGAAAGACUCGGCAGAGGCAUUAAUCGUUCAGACCGGAGUGAAAGGAGACACAGUGGUGGCAGAGACAGGAGCCCAGUACAAUGGAAGCACGAUCUCUUUGAGACGGUUGACCAGCCCCUAGAACCUGAGCAGGAGGCUGUUCCUAAAUGGGGAUCCAAGACUUUGGAAGAGGGUAUAGAAGACUUUGAUAUUGAUGAUUUGUUGUUGAUGGACAAUCCCAUUGUAAAAAUGGAACUUGAUGUGUGAAUCAUACAGGUCUUUCUUUCAUAUUGUACAUAAUAAUUAUACAGAUUCGACUAUAGAUACUCAAUUAAUCCAAGACUUUGGAAGAGGGUAUAGAAGACUUUGAUUUGUUGUUGAUGGACAAUCCCAUUUUUAAAAUGGAACUUGAUGUGUGAAUCAUACAGGUCUUUCUUUCAUAUUGUACUUAAUAAUAAUUAUACAGAUUCGACUAUACUAAACACUCAAUAAACAUUUGUUCUUUUCACAAACUGUAAACUACAGGUGAGAGUACUCAUGUACUUCAAGGAAACACUAAACACUCGUUAAAGUCUUACAAGUUAUGUAAAGCCGCAAGCUUAAGCACUGUACUGUUUCGGCAUUCCAGCAACAAUGUUCAUCUCAAUUCCACAGUUUUCUCUUUCUUCACCACGGAUGAUGUUAAAGAAACCUAGAGAAAACAAUAUAAAAGAGUGAUGAAUGUUAUGAGCUGAUUAAUUUCAGUCCGAGUACUUAUUAAAUUGUUGGGUGUGGCCAACACUCAAUGUGCUGUCUAUGGUGCUCAGGCUCCCAGUAUUCUUCUACUUACCAUGCAUCCUAAAACAUCAUAAUCAUCGUGGGGUAAAAAAAUUAGAAAACGGUGAGUAAAAAAAUUCACUUGAGCGUUUUGGUAAGUCGCAUCUACGGUUUUUUGAGGGAAAAUUGCGUGAGGUCAGCUUGCCCACGAAAAUUACCCACUAUACGGUAUGCUCUAGCUAGGAGUAGAACCAAGUUUAGCACAACCCUGAAGUUGUCAGCCACUCGGUACCAGCAUAGAUUGAAGACAGAGGGAUUGGCAACGGAGGCAGUUCACAUGAUGCUUUUACAUUGAGUGUACACAGAUGGGGCUGAAAUCAUCUGUGUUUCACCCUAAAACUCCCGCGAAACUUAUUGUGUUUAAUGCAUGCUUCUCAAAGGCCCCUCCAACAUAAUUUGGAAAGGAAGAAAACAUAAUCAUGAUUGUUGUAAAGUAGCUAGAGGUACAGAGCACGUUUUCAUGCUUGUGUUCCUAUAGCACCUAUGAUAUAAGCUAAGGUCGUGUUACUAAGUAGUGUGCUGUGUGCCAAAUGGCCUUAAGCAUGAGGUUAAGUCGAGCAGACUUUUUACAGACAGCAAAAAAAAAACAAUGCUCAUGAAUUAUUCAUGUUUAGACUCCACGUUGGGAGUAAGCCUCAAUUAAAACCUCCCUCUCUCUUCAAUCUAUGGUACUGGUACCGUAUGUUUAAACAAUGCAGAUUCUUAUACCAAAAUGGAUAGUAUGUACUGAACCCCUUAUUUUUACGAUUGUGGUAAAAUUAGAGUACAAAGUUUGGCACAAAAUGGUACAAUACAUUCCAUCUCACCUUUGUUUCCCCAGUCGACAUUCCAGGAGUUUGCAACGGUCCAGUAAUCGGUGCCAUUAUCGGUGCCCCAGCCCAGGAUCUUGAUGGCAUGGCCGCCAAGCUCUUUACCAGUGGUAUGCUUGUACACACCUGAGAGAAAUGAGUGCAUUGAGUAGCUUGCCACCACAUGGUUCAGUUAUAUACAUAGAAAAUGACCAUUUGGGAAAAAGUAAAAAACCGGUUAUAUACUUAUUUUUUUACGAUAAAGGAAGGGCAUCAAUUAUGAGUAUAGAAAGUUUAAAUGUACCAGAUUUGUAGGAAAGGAAGUCCGCAUAGACAGUGAACGCUCCCUCGACAGGGCCAUUGGUCAUUAUCUCAGUCUGGAUAUGUUCCACUGCGGGACUGACGCCGUAGGAAGUGGCUCCGUAGUGCAAGUCCUUCUCAAAAGUAACGGUAUAGCCAUCCUCACAGGUCUUCUUGCAUUUAGGAGUGCGUUCUUCUGGCCCACAAGGUGACUUGGUGCCUAAAAAUGAUGACACAAUAACACUAUAUCGUACAGUAGAUUAUCUUCGGGGAUUUUAUUUUCGAGGAUAGAGGUUCAAAUGACCACACCCCACAGUAGAGGUCUUGCAAUGCCGGAAAUCAAUCGCCAAAAACCGCAAAAAUAACCAGCUAACUGUUGUGCUUGUUGAAAUAGUAUGGAUAUAGAGGGACCUGGUAAGUCUGGCGAUCUACCUCACACUUAGCAAAAACACUGCUAGCACUAUGACAUACCAUUGACAUGGUGAUCACAUGAUGGAACCUCGUAUGGCUGACAUCCCUCCUUGGAAUUGUACUGCCCGCCAGUGACAAGACCAUGACUCUUCCAGUAGCUCCUGGAAAUGUAGGGCAAGAAAGGACGUAAUUCACUGACAGAUACUCCAGCACAUUAGAACUUACCAUGCUGCUUCUAGGUAGCCACCUCCGCAUCUGAACGAAACACAAAAGUAGUAAAGUAGUAUAAUGAAGCAGCGUGGGGGCAGGUGCUGAUGCCUCGGUGGAAGCGCCAAAGCUACUACUGUAAUACUUUUUAUACUUUUUUACACACAUUAUAAUUAUCAUGAUCAACAUUUUUGCAUGCUCAAAGAGUGGGUAAUGAUCGACCAUGAUUGCUUUAAAAAACGAUUGAUGCCAAAAGUUCAAGUCUAAAAACUAAUGGCUGCAUCAGCAGAGCCUUGCAGCUAUUUCUCACUCUUGCAGCUACCAAUAGCUAGCGUUCUAGUGCAGAGCUAACUCUAACUACUAAGUAGAGUAGCAACACUGUAGGUGAAUAAGUUUUGCUAAGCACUCUUCUGAAAAGGCAUUCCAAGUAAGCAAAACUAGGCAUAACUCGAGAAUGAAGCAUUAUUUUGCAAAUCCACUCCAAGAAAACACGACUAGAAGCCUAUAGAAAUUCUUACUUACAGUUCAUUGAUCGUUCAGCAGCUGUAGCAGUACACACACACACACACACACUACCAUAUACCUCGCUUGCGCGUGCGCACUGAGGUAUAAUUAUAGUAGCUGUACUCAUGAUUUAAAUCAGAUAGAGGCUCACCCAUUGCCACACAUUUCACAGCAAGAAUUUAGCUCAUUAGCAGAUAUGUGAGUUUUCUCUUGGAAAUGGAUACAGUAACGGUCAGUCAUGGCCUCAACUGCACCAAAAGCCUGCACAGUCAUUAUCAAUUCAGAGAGUAAAUUCAUACUUCGCAAUAAUAAUUAUACACACUCCCACAGUCGGCACACCGCGCCGGUUAAAUAAACACGGUAAGUUCAUUCGUUUUGCCUUAAUUAUAAAUAACGAUUUAAGGCACUGGGUAAUUUUCUGACCAACAAUAAUUAUUUUUAUGUAAUGUCCUAAAAUGGAGGUCAAAAUGCAGCCCCCACUAGCUUAGAUAGAGUAGAGAAGGAUUGGAAACGGAUAGUACCUUCGAAGUACCAUCCGUGUAUCUCCGCGGUUUAAUCGAGGCUUACUUUUUAACACGAGGGCUAAACAUGAAUGAUUCAUGGGAAUUGCUUUGCUCUCUUUUAAGAACUCCACGAGCAGUGGAAAAUUGAGCCCCUCGAAAAUUUCGCGCUAUACGGUAUUCAUUUUUUUGGGCUGGCUGUUUUGCAAAUCUACAAUUUCUGUUUGAUGUUUUUUAUGAUAACAGAAUUUUUUGGUAAGUAGCUAGAGGUACAGAAACAUUGUUUUCACUAUUUCAGGACGUUUCUGCACCAAUAACACCUAUAAUAAAUAAGUAGUAUACUGUGUGUCAUAGCCUGAAAUAUCAAACAGUAAAAAGUUCAGCAGCAGGAUUCUCACACCUAGUAAGACAAUCAUUUGUAUCUUUUUGGCCAUUUUUUCCAUGUACAGUAGGCGGCCUCGAUUAACCUCGCAAGCAACGCAGAUAGUUUUCGAGGCACUAAGUGUUUCCAAUCCUUUUAUCUAUGGUGGCUGACAAUAAUCCACGUGGGUGUGUUGACCACGCCCCGUGCAUAACCUCUACCGUAUAACGGGUAAUUUUCGUCGGGUAAAAUAUUCGCUAUUUUCGUGGGCAAGCUGACCUCCACGAAAUUUUAAGGUAGGCGUGGCCUACCGAAACGUAGGAAUGCAGUGCAGGCCAUGAGACUAAACGAAAUUUUUACUCACGAAAACCACCGUUUUUCAAGUUGAACGAAUUUUUUACCCCACAAAAAUUACCCGCUAUACGGUAUUAAUUAAAUACGGUAACUAUUAAAGGAUCCAGGUAGAUCUAUAGGAUGACAUGCCAACUCACCCAGCAACUCCCACAGGAACCCUGGUCCCUGACCUCCAGUAUGGAGGGGCAGCUUGCCCACUCGGUACGAGAAUCGAAGGAGUCAGGGAUAUUUUUCAGCGGUGUGAUGUCUUUUUCAGGAAGUUUGGGACCACCAGAGAUAACUCCCAUUUGUCUACGGAUGGAAUGCUCCGAGAGCCCUUCAAACCUUCGGUUGAUGCCAGCCUUCCAUGUUGUUCCCAAGGAAUUAAUGUCAUCAGACAUCUUUUGCUGGUCCAUCAGCUCAGCAGAAGCUACUGCUAAUAGAACAGCAACAAUAGCUAUCUUCAACAUGUUUUCAACUCUUUGGGAAGUGAAGUAGAUGUAGGCCUACGUACUUAAUAACUCGCUGAGUAGCUCUGAAAUUCGUAGCUCUUUGCAUUAACUAACUGCAGGAAAA